AUGAGCAGAAGUUCAAAGGUUGUAGAGGCGUUCUUGGUUCCACAUAAUGAGGCCAGAAAGGAAGUUGGGGUUCCCCCGCUUUCAUGGAGCCCCAAGCUUACCACUUAUGCUCGUAAUUAUGCGAGAGAGAGAAGGGGCGAUUGCCUUCUUCAACAUUCAGAAGGAUCGCCCUACGGUGAAAACAUAUUCUGGGGUAGUGGCAGACAUUGGACACCUCAGCAAGCAGUAAAAGCGUGGGUGGAUGAAAAGAAGUGGUAUAUUUAUUCCAAUAACACUUGCACAGGCCCUGACUGCUCUCACUACACUCAGAUUGUUUGGCGUACCACCACUAGCGUCGGUUGUGCUGUAAUCAAAUGUAACAGUGGUGAUACGUUCAUGACCUGCAAUUAUGACCCACCUGGUAAUUAUAUUAAUUCCAGGCCAUAUUCACGAAAUAGCACUGCCAUUUUAUUCAUUCGUAUUCUUAGCGUAGAAUAUGGUAUUAAUGCUGGUAUCAGUAAUGUCUAUCUAUUGAAUGACAUCAAGCAGGGUCAAUUCAAGGGAGACUUUUUCCAGAAUAGUGGUAGAAUUCUUGGGAAUGGUCGUAACAGAGCAAGACGGGCUGGAAAAAUUCUGAGUUGUAGGGUUAAAGAGAAACAACUUGGGGGAAAUAAAAUGAGCCUUAACAGAGCCACCAAUGCUGCCAGACACAGAGACAAGACAACAAAUAGAAGGAGAGUGUUCCACAACAAACUUAUACAACAGAUAUAUCAGACUUUGGUGGAGUGGGCAGUUAGUCCCAUUUUGAAUGCAUAUUUGCAACGUGGAGAAUAG